CUUCCUCCGCUUGCAGCUUCAGACAUUUGGGGAAUCCUGAAACAAGUUGUUCCCGCAAAGAGGCAUUGCCAACGUAGUGUAAGAAGACUCUGAAUGAAAAGAGGAAACCGAAAGAGGCUGUUUCACUAAGAGCCUUGACAUUCCUGCCCUCCCGUGUUCGCUCCUUCAUAUCUUUCGCUGUGGACACUGACUGCGCUGGCUGGACACCGUGAGACUCAAGAUUAUGGACAUAGAGACCCUGUAGAGCCCAACACACUGCAUGUACACUCGACUUGCUGAUGGCAGCUGUGCAGUGGGACUGAUCGUUGAGUCAGAUCAGAGAGACACUCACUGCUGGGGAGCGCCAGAAGACUCGGUGUGGUCUCCCACAGGCCCCGCCCCCAUGGACCUGCGUGUAGGUGAGCGUCUGGUGCGUCCGGGUUCGGACCCGGCCUUCCUGUCCCCUCUGCACCCCCCUCUGCUGAUCAACCCCUUCAAUCCGCAGCACUGUUCCCAGUACAGCCAGCAGCAGCUGCAGCAGCGCAUACAGUCAUAUAACAUGGAGCAGCAUCUACGAGACCAAGAACUAGCGAAACAACAGCUACAGCAGCUUAAAAACAAGGACAAGAGUCAACAGAGUGCUGUGGCCAGUGCGCUGGUGAAGCAGAAACUAGCGCAAGUGAUUCGGAAGAAGCAGAAGGCGGUGCUAGAGAGGACCAACUCCAACCCUCUGAGCAGCCCGUCCGUCGCCUACCGGGAGCUGGUUCCAGAUCCCGGCGCUCCUGUGCAGCCGCUCAUGUCCUCCACGAAUCCAGCUCUCAGCGAAGGGCCUGACGAACCACCCCUGAGACGAGCAACCUCGGAGCCCAACCUGAAGGUGAAGCACAAGUUAAAGAAGCACCUGAACACCCGUAAGAGCCCGCUGACCCGUAAAGAGAGCGCUCCGCCGGCCGUCAAACACCGCGUGCCUGACACGCUGGAUUCGUCCCCCAGCAGCAGCAGCACCCCAGUGUCCGGCUGCAGCUCCCCGAACGACAGUCUGCCCCAUGAGAACGGAGCGCUGCCCUCCUCCAGCCUGGCCCAUGAGGCUCAGAGGCUGCUGUUGCAGGACGGCUCUUUAGCUCACUUCACGGUGCAGAAUCCCUCGGGUCUCCCCACCAUCACGCUCGGCCUCCCCGCCAACACCAAGGCGGAGGGGGAGCUGGGCUCGCUGAAGCUGGGUCGUGUGCCCGGGGUGUCAGGGGCGUCUCCCGUGAUGCUUCCUCUGGGUGUGGAAGAGCAGAGCGGGCUCAUACAGCCCGUCCUCAUCCUGGAGCCCUCUGGACUCAUACACACCCCUCUCCUGGCCGUUCCAGGUCUGGGUCCGGUUCCCCUUCAGUUCAGCGCGUCUGGUCCUCACAAGCCUCUGAGCCGGACCCGCUCCGAGCCGCUGCCCCAGAGUCCCCGUGCGCUCCACCCGCACCUGCUCCAGCAGCAGCAGCACAGCGCUCAGAUCCUGGAGAGACUCAAGCAGCAGACGCACCUGGGCAAGCUCAUGUCGAAGUCCAGCGAGAAGCCUCGCCUCCGGCAGAUCCCGUCAGAGGACAUGGACUCGGAGGAGGUGGGGCCUUCAGCGGGCGACGCCCACCAGGGCAGGGUGAGGGCGGAGUCUCAGAGAGAGCUGGAGAGUCAAGAGGAGCAGCUCAACCUGCAACACACCGUCAUUCUCAACCAGUCCCGUCUGUGGGAGACACAGAAGCAGCUGCAGCAGCUGCGCAGACAGACGGCUCACAUGGAGACACUGGCGGUACCCAUGAUGCUCGGCGCCGCGCACCGGCCGCUCUCUCGUACGCAGUCGUCUCCAGCCUCCACCUCGCUGACGCUGCCGGACAAAGCCUUGCCUCUCACCACGGCCCCGGAGCCGCCCCAGAGCCAGCCGCGCUUCACCACGGGCCUGGUGUAUGACUCCCAAAUGCUGAAGCACCAGUGCACGUGUGGAGACAACAGCAGCCACCCAGAGCAUGCUGGGAGAAUCCAGAGCAUCUGGUCACGCUUGCAGGAGAGGGGCCUCAGGGGCCAGUGCGAGAGUAUUCGGGGAAGGAAGGCCACUCUGGAGGAGUUACAGUCUGUUCACACCGAGCGUCACGUUCUGCUGUACGGCACCAAUCCACUCAACCGCCUCAAACUGGACAACCGCAAGCUGGCCGGCAUACUGUCACAGCGGAUGUUCGUCAUGCUGCCCUGUGGGGGAGUCGGGGUGGACAAUGACACCAUCUGGAACGAGAUGCACACGUCCACAGCGUCCCGCAUGGCGGCCGGGAGCGUGACUGAGCUGGCCUUCAGAGUGGCUAAAGGAGAGCUCAAGAACGGCUUUGCUGUGGUCAGGCCACCAGGACAUCACGCAGACCCGUCAAACCCCAUGGGUUUUUGUUUCUUCAACUCGGUGGCGAUUGCUGCUAAGCAGCUCCAGCAGAAGCUCAGCGCCAGUAAAAUCCUCAUCGUUGAUUGGGAUGUUCAUCAUGGCAACGGCACCCAGGAAAUCUUCUACAAUGACCCCAGCGUCCUCUACAUCUCUCUCCAUCGCUAUGAUAAUGGAAACUUCUUCCCUGGGAGUGGUGGACCGGCAGAGGUGGGUUCUGGUGUCGGUGAGGGUUUCAACAUUAAUGUGGCUUGGACCGGUGGUCUUGAACCUCCCAUGGGCGAUGCUGAGUACCUGGCUGCCUUCAGGACGGUGGUGAUGCCCAUUGCUCAGGAGUUUUCCCCAGACGUCGUGUUGGUUUCUUCAGGGUUUGACGCCGCAGAAGGACACCCUGCUCCUUUGGGAGGAUACAAAGUCACUGCUAAAUGUUUCGGCUUUUUGACUCGGCAGUUGAUGGCGUUAGCAGGAGGACGCGUGGUUCUAGCAUUAGAGGGAGGUCACGACCUCACAGCCAUAUGUGAUGCUUCUGAGGCUUGCGUCAGCGCUCUGCUGGGACUGGAGGAGCCUCUUCCUGAGUCGACUCUCCUGCAGACGCCCAAUGCCAACGCAGUGCUUUCACUGCAAAGAGUGCUGCAAAUACAGAGUCAGUAUUGGUCGUCACUGAAGCCGUUGAUGGGCACAGUGGGGCUGUCGUUUUUGGGCGCCCAGAGGAAAGACUGUGAGGAAACGGACACAGUGAAUGCGAUGGCGUCCCUCUCCGUGGGGGUCUUGACCAACAAAAGCCUUGUUGAUGAACCCAUGGAGCAUGACGAAGACUCCCUUUAAACCAGGUCUUUACACGUCUGAAAACUGUCCAGUACCGAAUGGUGCUCCACACCAUGUGAACGAGCCGUGCCUCAAGACCAGCAGUGCCUCAGGGGGCGUGGCUUCCUCAUCAAGGCCCCUCCCCCAAGACCCCACCUCAACACUGACCACCAGCGCAGCGCGGCUAAGCUAACAACCCGCAGCCACAGUUCUGCCGGGGCUCUGGGAUCCACGCCGUCUUCUCCAUUCACAUACCACACAAACAAACAAACAAACACACUAGGACGCAUGAGUGUGUUUUUAACAUUCACUAAUGCGCUGAAGGACACCAGUCGCUCAGAUAUUCACCACCGGUGCCUCGAAAGACACUGUUUACUUUGGCUGGAGCUGCGAAAGCAGAUUUGCAGGAACGGUUGAGGAUUAUUUAACCCUUUUUAAAGGCACCCCACUUUCCUACCCCUGACUGUGCUGGGAGAAAAUGAGGGGUUUCCUUGCACCUGGCAACCGCAAAGUGGCUUCACUCUAUGAUGUCAUAACUAUUAAUCAAUUUAACCACUAAAGAAGAAGAAAACGAUCUCGACAACUGUGGGUUUUAUAAAUCGUAUUUGUAAUUUUUUUUUUUUUUUGCACUGUGCAUUCCAUAAUGUGAACCGUGAAAUUUUCCAGACAUCUGGGAAAAGAAAAAUAGAAUUCUCUAUCUAGAUUUACACGCUUAACAUUCUUUUCUCUUUAAAGUCGCAUUCUUGUCAAGUUCAGUUACGUUCUACCUGCAUUCCCCGCAUGAAGGCUGUAAACUUGAAUAACUUCGAGAUACUUAUCUGUAUUGAUUCUGUGUAUCUGACUUAAUGCCUUGUGUUUUUAAAAGGCCAGAGGGACAAACCAGCUAUGAGCAAGUUAAUUGCACACACCCACCAAAAAAAACACACAUAUACGCCCAUAUUUCUGUGCAGACAUCGCAUCCUUAUGACCACUGUACAGUUAAUAUCGUGGACACAGGAAGUGCUUAAGCUUUCCCUAGACUAACUGUAACGCAAAGUAGCUCAGUCUCUUUUUAGACCAAACUAAUUUUAAUAUGAUGUCUAUAUGUGUGUGCCUUUGUAUCUAUCAGUCAUAUAUUUUAUCUGUUCUGUACUCACAAUCAAACCUCGAUUGACCACAAGCAAAAGUACAAAACGACAUUUGAAUGGGCUCUCGCGGCCACUUUGAUGGCAGUGUGUGAAUUUCUUUUAUAACACAGUUGUCUGUAGUUUUCACUGAUCGUGUUGUUUUGGACGAGGUAAAUGACCAGCCUGUUAACCUGUGGAGAAGACAUGUCUCAAGUUGAUUUUCUUUCAUCGCUGCGCACUUACUGACAAUUUAUUAUUUUAUUUUAUUCACGAGGGAUGCAUUGUUUUUGGAUGGCGUUCUGCUUUCCACAGAUGUCUAAUUCACACCAGUCGUGUAGAUGAAGUUGAUGGUGGUAUUAAAUAUGUCUCUCAGCCGCUUGGAUUCACAUUUACGCCAUAAUCAAUUAACCGAAAUUAAUAUCACACCAAAACGGACAGACCUCUUUAAAUACUGUGCCACUCAUCAGCAUAUUCGGUUUCAAAAACCGUAUCAUUUCUAAACAGAAAUUCGGUCUGGUUGCGUAAUCCUGAUGGGCCAAACCGCCAAAAAUAUUGCUCUGGAAAUAUUUCUGUACCACAUGCUGUAUCAGUAUCUCAUUAACGUUAAUGCCGUCUGGAUGGUCAACGGUCGGGACGUCACAUUAGACUAGUACCACACUUCGUGGUGCUUGUCUGACUUUUGCGAUGUGCUUUCGGCUUAAUGAACGCCCCGACGGAUCGCUUUCAAGUUUCCACCAAAUCUCAAAUCUUUUUGAGUUUGUGUUGCUCUGCACAAACCUUUACCUCUGCAUUCACAACCAAAUUCACACAUUGACAUGCUUUCCUGCGUCCACUACAAGAAACAAUCGUGACCUGGCAAAUUGCUGUUAUUGGGAACAUGUGGAGUAAUAACAGAGGCGUUCCUUGUGCGAUCUUUCUGUAAUUCUGCAGAUACUGAGUCCAGCACCUGCCUGACCAAUAAGUCUUUAAUUCACCCCUUUCUUGCCUUGUACCAAACCACUGUGGAUAGUCCUACAUUUGUAUGAUUCCCUGUAAAUAGCACCAUCCAUUUAUCGAUGUUUUGUGAGGUUUUCAUGAAGACCCUGGGUAGCCUUUGCCCAUCAGACCCCCGUGAAGAUAGAGCUGUUGUAAAACUGAGCAGAUGCAGACGUUCACUCAUUAAUGAAGUCCUAGCUAAUCGUUCAGAACAAGCGGCGGUCUUGCUGCGUAUUUAUAGUACUUCAAACAGUGCACUUGCAUUUCACCAUCAACAAAACAGGCCUGUUCGUCUUCAGACAAAUUGAAAGGAACUUGGUUAGCGAAAAUUCGACAGCACUUAGCCACAGUUUCACCGCUGGGACUAAAAACAGAUCUUGACAUUCCUUAGCAGUUUGGACACUGAUAUGCGUCUUACAUACAGCUCUAUUUCAGUGGUGUAUUUUUACAAUAGCUUUGUGCAUUUGUACUGUUUUGAUAUACCUCUCAAAGCGCUUGUAUUCUCUCAUCUCUCCGAACCCUUUAUGAAGUAAAACGGAGAGCUCGUGAUGUCGUCAUCGCGCAUGUAAAAGCAAACCAGCAUCAUCUUAAUUCUGUCAUUUAUUCCCUUUUGCCUUCUUGUAUGGACAUUGUAAAUAGUUUCAUACGACCAAAAGACUUCACCUACGUGCCUUGAAGUACUUUACCUGUCGACCCCACUAACUGGAUCUGUUUAACAAAGCAUAACAGAAAGUAUGUUUCUCGAAUCUUCCUUGUUUAUCUCCCAUUUCUUUUAUUUCUCUGUGUAGAGAAAAGAAUGUCUAUUUUAUACUGUUUCUUUCUUCCUAAUUAAAAGAAAAGCAUUUUUUGGUUUGCCUGGA